GAGAAGCAGAGCAUGAGUAAAGAACAGUAAUCGAGAGAAAGAGUGAGAGUAUGUGUUUUACUCUUACUUUAACUAGAUAUAUUUUCAUAUAGCUACAUUUUUUCUUGUUCAGAAUGGUACUUUUUGGAUAUAUUUUCUGUGUGGAUAUUUAGGCCUAAAACCCCAAAAUCUGGAAGAGUAUCGAGCAGUGACGAGCUUCAUAUAAGGCUGUAGCUGCAGUUGAGUGAGGAGCUUCAGGAAGAACUGAAGACGAGAGCAUAGAGAGAGACAGACAGUAAGAAAGAGAGAAGAUCAGAGAAGAGUCGGCUAGAGUCGAGAUGUCCACUGGUUCAGUCAGUGACCCUGAAGAUGAAGUGUGUUCUGGGCGUGUGAACAGUUCCGGACCCCACGCCCACCCGCUGUGUCGCUCUGGGGAUAACUCUGAGGAUGAUGAUGUUGGCGGAGGUGUGUGUGAAGGUGUGAAGGGGCCGUCACGACGUGUUCAGCGCAGUGCAGCCAACGCCCGCGAGCGUGCUCGGAUGCGUGUACUGGGCCGGGCGUUCACCCGCCUGCGGACCACCCUGCCCUGGGUGCCCCCUGACACCAAACUGUCCAAACUCGACACACUCCGGCUCGCAGCCAGCUAUAUCACACACCUUCGACAGCUGCUGCAGGAGGACACACACACCAGCACACUGCACCCUGCUGCACUGAGUUGGCCGUUCAUGAUGUCGGGAAGACCAGACGAAACAAAGGAGAUUUCAGCAGCACUCAGACUUUGUGGAGCUACAGCAUAGACAUAUAUUAUCUCUCUCUUUCUCUCUCUUUUAUUGUUUUUCUUUUUUUUACCAAUGUAGAAUUCAAACAGUGUUAUUUCACAUAUUCUGCUCACAGUAGUUUGGUUCUGCCCAUUCAUGCUGAAGAUAUAUGGAGUGUUUCAACAUGGACUGCUUUUAUAGCAAAGGACAACUGGGUAACCGGAGUGAACAGAGAUCAUUUGCAUAUUUCUUUGCCUCUGAAGACAUUUCUGAAAAUGUAUUUUUAGUACAAAGUGCACAGGUUUUGUCAAAUGUUCUAAUAGCAUGCAAUCUAACCAUAAAAGCACAUUAAUGACACUGUCAUAAAAGUGUCAUGGGACGGAAACUAGUAUCAUGCCCCAAAAGUUUUGUCUCAUUAAGGUGCAGGAGACUAAUCUGAGUUGCUUUGUGUCUUUUCACAUGGACAAUUCUAGCCAGACACUGAGGGUCACAAUACUACCCAUUGAGCUGUCCACUGUGGAUGGUCUUUGUUUUUUAAACUCAAUAAAUCACAUCACCUUUCCAUGAGCAUGCUGACAUCACUCAGAAGAUAACACCUCACAUCUUAUACAGCUGUGGGCAGUCCGAAGCCCUGCUAUCCCUUGACAUUUGGUAUGGCAGUUUAUGCACUCUGUACAUUGAUGUCUCUGUACAUUGCUUACAGGAAUAAUAAUAUCAGCAUUAUCACAAAUACUUUAACCCUCUACAGCUAGGUGUUGCCCUCAGGCACUCUCCCCUAGACAUUUUAAUAUGAGAAGAAAUAUACUUUAAAGUCUAUUUUGUCUGUUUUGUUUUUAUUGACCUCAGGUUUUUUUUAUUAUUUGUUGCCUCAGGGCAGCAUUACGCAGUUAGAAGGCAAUCAUGCUGAAUCUCAUUUCGCUCAGCACUAGGCAUCUGUGAGCUGAUGUAUUGGAACCGAGUUGCUGUGCUUUCCUCCAAGUGCGUUGUGAUGCUACUCAGUAAUUCUGCAUCGGCAGCAGCUAAAAAAGAGGUGGUGGCUGAUUUAACAUGUAUCGGAGGAGACAUGUUGUAGUCUUCACAGUCAUAAUGAGUGGGUUGUGUAAUUGCCUGUGUAAAUUGGGGAGAAAAUGGGAUAAAAAUAUAUAUAUAUUUUUUUUUAUUCUCAAAAUGACAAAUAUCAUGCUAUAGAGGGUUUAUUGCCACGUCAUUUCCAUCUUAUUUCUGUGUUCACUUUUAUAAAAGCUGCAGAUUAGUCAUCUUAACUGGCUGAUUAACAUCAGAAGACAUUGCUUUCCUCUUUACAGACUAGGGUUCAGUUCCCAGAUCAGGCACACUACACUACACUACUCAUCAAUAAGAGUGGAGACUCCUAAUGUUACAUUCACCUACAUAUCUGUGUAAUAUGAUUUAUAUGUAGGUUUAUCUGGAUAAGAGCUUCAGGCUCUUCAAAUUCUAUAAAAGUAAUAUGCAUGAUUUAUUACUGUUAGUAAAGUUUGUGUUUAUUUAUAAUUGUUUUAAAUGACUCGAAUAAUGUUUUUUUCACCCCUUU